CGAUACUCAAGAAAAAAAAGUAAAGCUGGAUUGUUGUCAGAGGGCCAUAGACUCAAAUAUAAAAUAUGUACCCGUUCAACUGCCAUCAACUAAACCGUCAACGAAUGUAUAAUAACAGAAUAUCACUUCAAGUUUGAGUGUUGAUGCUUCGUCGUUGAAGAUUAUUUUUCAACGGUGGUGUCCUCUCCAGACUCUCCCCUCCUCCGCAUAGCCUGUGGUGACGGUGGUGGUAGCUAUGCUGCAUGGGACACAACAGUCUUCGGGAAGUUAGUAUAGCAUGAUCUCAGCAGUGAUCCACAGAUCCGAUGCAAUGUGCUGCCAGUGUCUGUUCUCGACUAUCACUGUCUCAUUAGGACUGCAGCUCCGCGUUAUACCCGCAUCAGAUAGCCUGUCAUGGGAAGAUAGAUUGAGGAGUUGAAUAGGCGAAGAGAAAGAGGAAACAAAAUGACCGAGAUGCGCCCGCAGGAAAUCGCAAUGACUUCUUUCUAUGUGUAGUAAUUCGACCGUGUCAAAUGGUAGUGACAGAAAGUGAUAUAAUAGCCCACCAGGGAUGAGCGGUUUGGUGCAGCAACCCAGCGGAGGAUACUGACUGCAUAUCCGGUCCUAUAGCUUGCACAGUGGUCAAGGUGAAGAGCAAUAGCCGAACAUGUGAUUAGAUUCACUUUGUUGCAUUACCACUAAAGAUAAUUCGAUUGUUUUUGGAUUAGGGGUUGAUGGGUAGCCUAUUGCACUGAUGUGAUAUGCUCUGGAUACCGCAAAAAAAGUAAUCGGUCCCAAUCUAAGGAAUAACGAAAGGUUCUAUCUGUUUGGCUGUUUGGCGUAUCCAGAAUUGGGGUUGGUUCUUCUCGGUUGUCCAGCUUAGCCUAUAUAAUUGAUGAAAAGGUAGACUGGCUUCUGUAAAUGUCCUAUAACGUUUUUGGAAUACGCUCUGAGCCCUUGCACUAUCCUUAGAUAUUUUGUAAGAAGUCUAAAGUGGGGCCAUAAAGUUAUUGGAUGCUCUGUCCAACGCGGGGCGGGUCGCUGUCCGUCGCGCUAGUGGUGCUGAAGUCUGGAUAAUGCCUGGCCAGCGACUGCAAGGCUGCCGCUCCCUCCACAUAAACGAAGACAACGGCCGCUUCUUGCUGCUCGCCGUCUUGAUUAUUCUGUAUCUGCUGUGCGGUGCCGCAGUGUUUUCCGCUAUAGAGCGGCCUUCGGAGGUGCAGGCGCAUGACAGAUGGAACAGGACACUUUUCAACUUCAGCGAGACGUUCAACAUCAGCUUGGAGGAUCUGAACUCUUUUCUACGGGAGUACGAGACAGCUAUUGCCGCGGGGAUCCGAGCUGACGCUCUCAGGCCGCGAUGGGAUUUUACAGGGGCUUUUUACUUUGUUGGGACUGUGGUGUCAACUAUUGGUUUCGGGAUGUCCACCCCGGUGACGGUGGCAGGGAAGGUGUUCCUGAUCUUCUAUGGACUCCUUGGUUGCGCCGCCACCAUCUUGUUCUUUAACCUCUUCCUGGAACGCAUUAUCACCCUCCUGGCCGUGGUAAUGAAGGCCGUGAGGGAACGGCGCAUCCGGAACUCCGGCCUCCUCCCGCCGGGUAUCCGCCAUGACUUCUCGGCGUGUUCGUUCCCGGGGUGGAAGCCGUCGGUCUACCACGUCAUGUUGAUCCUGGGGCUAUCUGCCAUCAUCAUCUCCUGCUGCGCCUCAGCCAUGUACACCCCUGUGGAGGGAUGGGCCUACCUGGACUCACUCUAUUUCUGUUUCGUCACAUUUAGCACCAUUGGCUUCGGGGACCUAGUAUCAAGCCAGAGAGCGGACUAUGAGUACCAGCCGCUGUACCGUCUGGCUAACUGCCUGUUCAUCCUCAUGGGCGUGUGCUGCAUCUACUCUCUGUUCAACGUCAUCUCCAUCGUCAUCAAACAGGUGCUCAACUGGAUGCUUCAGAACCUGUGCUGCCAGCGGUGCAACAUCAGGUCAAACUCUUUCCCGUUGGGACGCCGCAACGCCAUCCGGCCCGGGUCGAGAAUCCGUAAGGGCCGCUUCGGAAUCAGACGCCCGCCCAACUCUGGGGAUUCGGGACCCUGCGACAGUGACACGGAGGGGGGAGGACGCAGACUCUCUGGAGAGAUGAUUUCAAUGAAGGACCUGACAGCCUCGAAUAAGGUCUCACUGGCACUCAUGCAGAAGCAGUUAUCAGAGUCCGCUAACGGUUAUCCCAGGACGGUGUGUGGCGGCUCGAGACAUAACGGGUUCUCUGGAGGAGUGGGUGCUCUGGGGAUCAUGAACAACAGACUGGCAGAGACCAGCAACUCCAGGUAGACCUGUGUAGUGUUUCUCAAUUUCUGGUCCAUGGACAGGCGCUGGUCCGUGAGAUGUGGACUUUCGGUCGGUGAGAUGAUUGACUGACUUAAUGUUUGAAGUCCCCCACGGAGUAAAGACCAUAGCUUGUCAGUAGACCCCUGCAGGGUGGCAGACAAUGUGCUUCAGGAGACUGAGACUGAUGAGGAGAGAAACUGAGAGGAGUUUUAUGGUCUUAUGUGAUUAACUUGAUUUGCUAUCACUCUUGUCAUACUUGAUUAUGUCUUGUUGUUCAAUGGAAGAGCAUAAUGAUAUGCAUGAAACUGUUGGACAUUUUUGGGGAUGGAAUCAACAUCCUGUGAUGAUGAUGAUGAUGAUGAUGAUGGGACAGUUGGAAUGAUACUAUGGGAAGGAGAGGAACCUUCUUGUAACUGUGCUUUUGAAGGUCAAAACACUUGAGACAACCAUGGAAGGAAUUAGUAUAACAUGAGGCCAUAAGCCGACAUAUUGCUCUCUCUGACUCUAAGCCAGAAAGAACAUUUUCACUGAUAUACCAUUGGCAAUCUUCAAAAUAUUUAGUUAGCCAUACCUGAGUACAUCUCUGAGGCUGUGAGUAUCAAACAUCUCAGAGGAAUUAGUUAGCCAUAUGUAGCAAAUGUCUCAGAUAAGAAGUGCUGAUCUAGGAUCAGUUUAGCCUUUUAGAUCAAAUUGAAUACAAUGAACAGGAGGGACCUGAUUCUAGAUCAGCACUCCUUCUCCAAGAUGCUUGAUACAUACUGCCCCAGAUCAGUUUGACAGCAUACUGUACUGGAAGAGGCAACUCUGUGCGACAUUAUCAUCAUGAUCGCUUUGGAGCUAUUUCACUAAGUAUGUCAUUUAUAAGUAGGUUUGAAUGUAUAGGUUGAGUUGGUACUGUACCUGUCAUUCAACACAAAGAUAACUACAGUAUGAUAUAGCACAUAUAUAGCUAUGCCAUCCAUGUCUCAUUGUGAAGAACAAUAGGAACACAUCAACAUAUCAGAUCCAUUUACAGACCAGGCCUGAAGUAUGGAAGCUGAACCAUAGAGAGCAUAACGUGACCUUAGUGAUAGCAAACCUAGUCUCUACCAUAGAAAUAGAAUGACUAGAAUGAACAUUCAAGCCAGUCAUGUCAAUGCUCUGUGAUGUAUGGACCGGCACCCAUAUUGAUUGUGCCUAUGCGAGGAAGCACAAGCAACAAGUCAUAAUAUUACAAUGGUCUCCACCAAUCAUCUUGUACUAGUCUAAUCUUAAGCUCAGGUGACUCAUUUAUUGUGGGGGAAGAGGAGACCGGUUCAGCACGUCCCAAAUCGCUUGUAAGGUGGAAGCAAUAUGGUGGAAGCUCCAACACUAUACUGCUUAUACCUGCCCAGACCCUUCGGAUAGAUCUACAAAUGUUGAGGGGUUAGGGACAAUGGGGAAGG